AACGUGUCAGCUGGGCACAUUCAUUUGACAUCUUCCGUGAUUAACAAUCUUAUUAGAAAUUGUGUUGCUCAAGACCCAUCAAUUAAGGUCUCUGUUGUGCGUCAGAUGGUGAAAGACCAAUUCGGUGUCAAAGUGACCUAUAAGCGGGCAUGGUGUGCUAAACAGCAAGCCCUUCUCUCCAUCUAUGGUACAUGGGAAGAUUCUUAUCCUCUUCUUCCACGGUUCUUGAAGGCACUGCAAAUUUCAAACCCCGGGACCGUAGUUGAGUGGUUCUUUAAGGAAGAUAAUGAUGCCGGUGUGUAUGUCCGUCCUAGUAUUAGAACUUUCCAACACGUGUUUUGGGCUUUCCAACCUAGUAUUGAGGGAUUCAAGUAUUGCAAACCCGUUAAUGCCAUUGACGGAACACAUUUUUAUGGUAAGUAUCGCCAUACGUUGUUGACUGCCAUUGCCCAAGAUGGGAACAAGGGAAUCUUCCCGCUUGCCAUUGCCUUGGUCGAAAAAGAAUGCAUAGCCGCGUGGUCUUGGUUUAUGGCCUGUGUUCGUAAGCAUGUGAUGCAUAGUCCAGGGUUAUGUGUUAUUUCCGAUAGACAUGCGGGCAUUCUAGCAACCAUGGAGGAGCCGAAAUGGCAACCUUCGAACGCCCAUCAUAGGUUUUGCUUGCGGCAUUUGUUAAGUAACUUCAACCGCCAAAUGGGUAAUGUGAAGUUGAAGAAGAUGUGUGGAAGGACUGCAGAGCAAAGACAACCACAUAAGGUCGUCGAGGAAUUGAAGGCCAUUGGUGUUGCUAAUCGGGAAGCACUUUUUUGGAUUGAUCAAGGUGGUGAAAUGUGUAAAUGGUCAAUAUGUCACGAUGGAGGGUAUAGGUAUGGUGUUACUAAUACCAACUUGGCCGAAGUAUUCAAUAACGUGAUGAAGCAUGUACGUUUCUUGCCUAUAACCACUCUUGUGGAGUUCACCUUCUAUCGUGUUAAUGAUUACUUUGUUAAAAGACGUGAGAAUGCGUACGCGUGGCAAAUUGGGGGAAAUAAAUACACUUCACACGCCACUAGGAUUAUCACCCGUAACACCGAGAAGACAAACUACCAUAAGAUCGUCGCAUUUGACUACAGACGAGGCCUUUUCCAAGUUAAGACUGGACGUGGUAAUAGAGGAUCCGCCAAAGGUGGUAAAAUACAAAGUGUAGAUAUGAGAGAGAUGAAAUGCACUUGUAACAAACCAUCCAUAUAUCACAUACCUUGUUCUCAUGUUCUUGCCGUAUGUAUUAAACGACACUUAUCCUACGAGCGUUUUGUGGACUCCUGCUACACGACACAGAGCUAUGUUAACACAUAUGAAUCCAUAUUCUUGCCGUUGAUUGAUAAGAGGUCAUGGCCUCAAUACACCGGUGUUGAGGUGCUACACGAUCCAGAUUACAUUCGUGGAUUAGGAUGACCUAAGUCCAGGAUGAUCACGAACGAAAUGGACGAAGGAUCGCGGAGACGCAACGCUUGUCGACGGUGUGGUAGUGACGGUCACAACACUAGAACUUGCACGUCAAGCAGAGAUGGAUCCAGCAGCUACAGGCCCUCUCGACCCUAGUGUCCUUACGAUGCAGGCGAAUCAUAGGAGCAUUAGAAUACUGUUAGUAUAUAUUGAACAU